AUGGCAGAAGUACCUGAUGAAAUAAGGGAUUUGUAGAGUAAUGUUGCCCUUAGUAUGCUUACUGAUCUUUUUAAACAAGGAAAAAUCAAUUAAGAGCAAUGUGAUUCAUAUAAGUAAAAGUUUCAUAAACUCCACGACACUGUUGUCUAAACCUUUAAGAAUCAUCACUUUUUGUGGGAAAAAUCAAAAAAACUCAAAACUCAACUCGCAACUGAGAAAUAAAAUCUCGAAACUGCUGUAAAUGAUCAAGCUAAUGCACAGGAGAAGGCAUAGAAUUUAAAUGCGAGUUUAAAAAAGACAGAGGCAGAAUAUGAAAUGAUGGAAUAAUUGAUUGAUGCCAAAUAAUUUUAAUGCGAAGAAGUAGAACAUGAGAAAUCCAUAAUAUUAACUAGAAUAUCUGAAUAAGAAAAAUUGGCUAAGAGUAAGGCAUUGCCUGAGAUGCUCUAAAAAGAUGCUGAGAUAGAAAGAGAGAGGGAUUUAUUAUUAGAGUAUAAAUAGAAAAUUGAGAGUGAAUAAAAAAGUAUAGAUGAGAAAACAGAAAAGAUCGAGUAAUUGAAGAUUGAAAACGAUGAGAAACUCAACAAAAUUAGUAAAUUGAAUGAUGAAUAUAUUAAAAUAAAGGAUGAUCCAAAUCGUUUUAGUAAGAAUGCUGAAAUGUUGAAAAGUGCUAAUAAAAUAAUGUUGAAGGAUCUAUAAGGAUACAAGGAUGAUAUAGGUAAAAAAAAUAAAUAGAUUGAUGAUUUAAAUAUGGAAUUCAAAAAGUUACAAACUAAAUUAUUAGAAUAUGAAGCCUAAAUAGAUGAAGAAAAAAAAGCUACAGAAACUAAUUAGAGAGAUCAAGCCAUUUAAAAUGAUCUUUCAGCAAAACUUAAAGAAGAAAUUAGUGAUUUGAGUAGUUAAAAAGUGGCUAAUGAUAUUGAAAUUAGAAAUUGUUAGUUAGAAAUUAGAAGACAUAGAGAUACAGUCAGUUCCUUAAAAAAGGCAAUCGAUCUAGAUAAAAAGGAAUUAAAGAAAUAAUAAACAUAAAUGCAGUAAAUUAAUGAUACUCUACAUGAAUAAAAGAUGAUAUUAGAAAAUAUUAAAAAAGAAAUAGUCAAUUUAAAGUAUGAAAUUGAAAAACAAAAUGAAAUUGGAGAGAAUAUUGCAGAAGAAUACACUAUGUUAGAAGGAAGAGUAAGAAAAGUAAAAGACAAAGCAGAAGAAAAAAUAUAGGAAUAAACCAAAGUCGAUACUGAAAUUAAGAAAUUUGAAAAAUAAAUGAUUGAAUUACAAAACUUUGAGGCUGAAGGGUUAAAGAGAGUAAAAGCCUUGACAGCAACUAGAGAGAGUAUGGCUAGAAAAGCCUCAAGUGCAUUAGCUGAAGUAAGAGAAACAAGAGAAGAACUAAAAAUUAAAGAACUAUUAAUAAUGGAUCUUUAAAAAAAAGCAUAAGAAACAGAAGCAAAAGAACAUAAUUAUAAAUCAUUAUAUGAAGAAGUCAAAUAGGCAAGAAAUAAAUAUGUGAAUAUGAUCCAGAAUAGUUCUCAAGAUUUAGCAGAAUUAAAAGAAAGAAUUAAGAUAUUGUAAAAUGAAUUAGAAAUUUUAAAAAAUGAAUCUCAAGAAAAAGAAAGAACAUUAUUAGAAUAUAGACAUUGUUUACAGGUUGAAGUUCAUAAGAAAGAUAGAAGUCAUGCAAAGUUAAAUAAAUUGGAAUAUUAAAGAAAGGCUAAAAAAGAAAUAAUUGAUUAAAACAUAAAUGAAAUAUAGAAAUUAAAUAUGAUCAUAUCUUCAUUAGAAAAGGAUAUGUUAAACUUAAGAAAGUAGUAUGAGUAAGUAUGUGAGUCAAGAAAUCAUACAGGUAUAGUAUUGAUUGAUAGAAAUGAUGAGUUAUGCAUUAUGUAUGAAAAAUGCAACAUAUAAGAUAACAUCUUAAAAUCUGGAGAACUAGAAAUAAAAAGAUUGGAGGAUGAUAUAAGGAUGAUUAAGAUUGAAAUUUAAGAAUAAAAGCGAAAAAUAGAUGUAGCAAGAAAGGAUAUUCUAUAAAUACCUUAAUUAUCAUCCAAAGUUAUUUAACUUAAAGAUGAAUUAGAAUUAGAAAAAAAGAAAGAGUCAUAACUUUCUGAAGAACUCGAAAAUCCAAACAAUUAAUAAAGAUUUAGGGAAUUAGGUGGUGAAGAUCCAGAUUAAGAGGCCUUGGAUGCCAAAAUACAUGUUUUAGAGGAAAGAUUGAAUAAUAAAAAAGAACAGCUACUAGAAAAGGAAUUAAUUUUAGAUGAAAUUACUAAUUUAUCAGAAAAACUAAGAAAAUAAGCUUUGGAUGGAAGAUUGUCAACACUUGAAUUAUCAGAGAAAGUGAAUGAAUUUUAGGCCAAAUUAAAAGACUUAACUAGGAAAAUGAUGGCUACAAUAGCUGAAUUAUCAAUGUAUUAAGCAACAGCCAUUAAAUUACAAUAAGAAAAGGAUGAAUUAGAAAAUGUUGUAGAAGACGCAAAACAGAGAUUGGAAAAAAGCUUACCUCCUUUGCCUGAACAUGAGGAUGAGUAUUUAAGAUAAUAGAAAAGAUAGGUUAAUUGUUUAUUUAUUGCUAGACGCUAAAGAUUAGAAAAGGAAUAAUAAGAGAAAAUGUUCGAACCAUUUUCGUGUAAGACUAUGGCUAAACAAAGAGUUCAACAAUACAUUCCAGAUGAUAACAUCGGAGCACCAUUGCCAAAGAAUUAUGGUAAAUAAGCUCCAUUUUAUCCUCCUGAAUCGAAUGCUCAACUACGCUUCUACAAGAAACCAAAAGUUAAAGAAAUAGAAAUAUGA